AAUACAUCAAUGACAAUAACAAUCUGAGUGACUCUAAAAUGACUAAAUAAUAAUGUCUCUCAUAUGACACGUACAACAACUCAAUAUUCAAACACGUAAAACAGCAGUAUAUAUAGAGAGAGAGAGGGAGCCCAGGCAGGCUCCAACACACUGAUACAGAAACGCUUCAUAUAGUGGGGCAGACACAGAAAUCUCCAAAAACUGGAUCAGUAGGAGAAAGCGAAUGCUCCCAUGGCGUUUCAAGGACUACCAGUAGUACUUCAAUUUGAUGGUGGUGGGGAGAAGAAUGGAAUUGUUGGAAUCGUUGGAAUCGUUGUUGGAAUGGUAGGAAUCGAUGGGAUUGUAGUUGGGAUGGUGGGCAAUGGAGUGGAAGGAAGAGGAGGUAGAGUCACCUUGGGCGUAGUUGGCAUAGUUGGAUUUGGUAGAGUUGGCAUUGGAUUUGAAGGCAAUGGGGGCAAUGUGGGUUUAGGCAGUGUUGGCACAGGGGGCAGAGGAGGCAGUGUAGCCUGGGGAAGAGAUGGGAUUGUAGGCAGCGUCAGUGCUGGGGGUGGAGCUGCCGGCGGUGUGUCCAAAAGAUGACGAGCUGCCAAGCUCAUAUCAAUGCUUGACAAAGACAGAGCGACAAUCAAAGAUAACAUGAAAACAUGACAGGAACCAGCCAUUUCUAGAGAUGAGAGUUCUUCCUCGAAAUGUAUUGGGAACCUGUGUAUGUGUGUUUGAGUUGAAAUGGAUACAAAUCUUAAUUGGUAUUUAUAGA